UAAAGUACAAGUAAUCACAUUGGUUCCUAUGAAUAGUUCAUCUAUUUCCCAUUAUAUAUAGGCUACUUAUUUCCUCACCUCUAAAGUAGAAAACUUCCAAGUGUUUCUUCUUUCUUUUAUUUUUUUCUCUUUGCUCAUAUUCUAAAAAUAUUUCAUCAAUGGCAUCUACCAAAUCAGUUAAAGUUCCUACAAUAGAUUUUUCCAAUUAUCAAGAUCUAAAACCAAAUACUCCACUAUGGGAAUCCACAAAAAUUCAAGUUUUUGAAGCUUUUCAAGAAUAUGGUUGUUUUGAAGCAAUAUAUGAUAAAGUUCCAAAGGAAAUUAGAGAGGAAACAUUUGAUAUGUCAAAAGAAAUAUUUGAAUUUCCUUUGGAGACUAAAGUGAAAAACAUUUCAGAAAAACCAAUGCAUGGUUAUAUGGGGAUGAUUCCACAAUUGCCAUUGUAUGAGAGUUUGUGUAUUCCUGAUUUGCUUAAUCCUAAAAGUCUUCAAAAUUUUGCUAAUAUCUUUUGGCCUCAGGGUAAUCAACAUUUCUGCAAUUUGGUAAAAUCUUAUUCUAAUCCACUUGUGGAAUUGGAUGAGAUGUUGAAAAGGAUGAUUUCGGAGAAUUUGGGAUUAAAAAAUCAUAUUGAUGAAUUAUUGAAUGCCAAUUACUUCCUAUUUAGAUUUACACAUUAUAAGGGAUCAUCAAUUGCUAGUGGAGAUGAAAAUAAUAAAGCAGCUGGAUUGGGUGGCCACACAGAUGGUAACUUCUUGACUUUUAUAUCACAAAAUCAAGUCAAUGGAUUGCAAAUCAACAAAAAUGGAGAAUGGAUUGAUGUGAAUAUUUCCUCAAAUUCUUAUGUUGUUUUGGCUGGUGAUUCCUUCAAAGCUUGGACAAAUGGUCGAUUGCAUUCUCCUCUCCACAGAGUAACAAUGUCCGGAGAAAAUGAUAGACUCUCCAUUCAAUUGUUUUCAUUAUCAAAACCAGGUCACUUCAUCGAGGCACCAAAAGAACUAGUGGAUGAAGAACACCCUUUACUCUUCAAGCCAUUUGAAAUUCUUGGAUUAUUUGAGUAUGGUACCACAGAAGCUGGCUAUACAGCUCCUCCAAGUGAUCUUUUCAAGAUUUAUUGCGGUGUUUGAUAUGCUAAUUAUGAAUUUCCGCUUCAACAAGCAACUUUACUAAUGAGUUUCGUCUGAAAUUCGUGUUUUUUUAAGUAGUAUGCAUUUUAUGUUUGAAUUGUUGCAGUUGGCAAUUCAUGUUUAAUUUGUUUGUGUUUUUUUGAGAAAAUAUUUCCAUUGGGUUUCAUUGGAAAUUUGUGUUUUUUUAAAAGUAGUGUGCAUCUUAUGUUUGGAUUGUUGGUGUUGAGAAUUCAUUUUUAA